AUGACACAGGGAAAUUGCGCCGCCCGCCGCCCGCCGCCCGUCCCUUCGGAAGCGCCGCUUCCCUGGGAGGAGGAGGCGCGAGGGGAGGCGGCGGAGGCAGCCGACGCGGGGCGCUGGGGCCGCGGGGCAGGGGGCGCGGGGCGCCUCCUCGGCCUCAGCUCUUCCCGCCCCGGGGCGCCCCGAGACCGCCGCCUGCCUCCGCGGGCAGCUUUGUUCUUCUUUCUUCCAACUACCUGUCUGAGCCGCGGGCCCCAGAGGCCCCAAAGAGAGGCCUGGAGGGUCUCCCCAGCAGCAUCCGAGGGGCGCUCUCGGGGAGCGAGGGGCCAGAGUCCGCGUUCCCUCCGUGUCUGCCUCCCUCCCCUCGUGUCUCGGUCUUUUGUUGCCUCUACUCCUCGGCACAGCACAGCCUGGGUUGUUUUCCCCCUCCCGCUUGGGAGUUUGCAGUGUGGAUGCUCGGCGAGCACAGUGAGUUGUCCCCCAACGAACUCGGGCCCCGGCGGAGUGGAGCCGCCCCCGCCGAGCCGGGCGCACCGCGGGACGCGUGGAAGGCGCUGUCAGAUGUGCUCGCGCUUCAGCCCCGCCGGGCUUUGUGACCAGCCUGACCUGGACCCGGCAGCUGGGGUCCUCGGAGAUCAGAAUGGGCUCCUGGGCUCUUCCUUGGGCAGCCCCUCCUGCUCCUCCCGAUGCUGGGGACUCUGGGGAUUCUCUGACUCUGCAAUGUCCCCAACUCCUGCUCUGCAGACAGACCUGCCCCAUUGCAUCUGCAGCUAG